GCAGAUGACGUUCUGAAUGGAGACCAUGACAAGGAACAGAGAGACCCUUACUUUGUAGAGACCCCCUAUGGUUAUCAGCUGGACUUAGACUUCCUCAAGUAUGUGGAUGACAUACAGAAGGGAAACACCAUCAAGAAACUGAACAUCCAGAAGAGACAGAAGUCUUCCACACCAUGCCCAGAAGCCAAGGCCACACAUGGUCGGCAAGGUGUGUGGACGUCCACCGAAUCCCUCUCCUCCUCUGACAGUGACAACAGCAAGCAGUGCCCUGGCUUCCUUCUAGCCAGAAGCCACGUGACGUCAACCCCAGUUCCAAGGCCAUCUGCUCCUCUGGAGACCUCUCCCACCUUCCUUACCCUUCCAGAAACUCGACAGCUGCCACCUCCCUCUCCCCAACUUCCAAAUCACAACCUUCAUGUCACCAAGACACUGAUGGAGACCCGGAGAAGACUCGAACAGGAGAGAGCCACCAUGCAGGUGGCACCAGGGGACUUCCGAAGGCCCAGGCUGGCCAGUUUUGGAGGCAUGGGCUCCACAAGCCCUCUCCCCUCCUUUUUGGGUCCCGGAAACCACAACCCUGCCAUGCACCAGCUUCAGAAUGGUUUCCAGGGCAAUGGGGAUUAUAGCAGUUAUGGCCCAGCCGCCGCCACCACUUCCUCCAUGGGAAGCUCCAUCCGCCACAGCCCGCUGAGCUCAGGGGUCUCCACUCCAGUGACCAACGUGAGCCCCAUGCACCUGCAGCACAUUCGUGAGCAGAUGGCCAUUGCCCUGAAGCGCCUGAAGGAGCUGGAGGAGCAGGUGCGGACCAUCCCUGUGCUCCAGGUCAAGAUCUCUGUCUUGCAAGAGGAGAAAAGACAGCUGGCCUCACAGCUGAAAAGCCAGAGGGCUGCCCCCCAAAACGAUGUCUGCGGUCUCCGGAAGCGAUCCUACAGUGCUGGGAAUGCUUCCCAGCUACAGCAGCUCUCCCAGGCCCGGAGGGGUGGCGGGGAGCUGUAUAUCGACUAUGAGGAGGAAGAGAUGGAGAGCGUGGAGCAGAGCACGCAGAGGCUGAAGGAGUUCCGGCAGCUCACAGCAGACAUGCAGGCCCUGGAGCAGAAGAUCCAGGACAGCAGCUACGAGGCCACCUCGGGGCUCAGGGAGAACGGGGAGUGCCGGCCCCGAGACAGCCGAUCGGUGGCAGUGGGUGCUGAUGAGACCAUGGAUGACAUCGUCGUAUACCACAGGGGCUCCAGGUCCCGGAAGGAUGCAGCUGUCGGGACGGUCACUGAGACGAAGAAUUCUGGCGUCGGUGUGACAGAGGCCAUGCUGGGAGUAACCACAGAAGCCGACAAAGAAAUUGAGCUGCAACAGCAGACCAUAGAAGCCUUAAAGGAGAAGAUCUAUCGCCUGGAGGUACAGCUCAAAGAAACCACCCAUGACCGGGAGAUGACGAAACUGAAGCAAGAACUGCAGGCCGCCGGGUCGAGGAAAAAGGUCGACAAAGCCAUGAUGGCCCAGCCACUUGUCUUCAGCAAGAUGGUAGAGGCCGUGGUGCAGACGAGAGACCAAAUGGUAGGCAGUCACACAGACAUGGUGGACGCCUGUGUCGGGACCACUGUGCAAACACACAGCAUAGGCGUCUCCUGCUGGCCUGAUUGUAAGAGCACUGUCGUGGGGCCUGAGCUGCCCAUGAAUCGGUGGAUUGUUAAGGAGAAGGUGGAAGUGCAUGACCGAUGUACUGGGAGGUCUGUGGAGAUGUGCGACAAGAGUGUGGGUGUGGCCGUCAGUGUCUGUGAGACAGGCAGCAACACAGAGGAGUCUGUGAACGACCUGACACUCCUCAAGACGAGCUUGAUUCUCAAAGACAUGCGAUCUAUUGGUUGCGGAGAUUGUUCUGUUGACGUGAGGGUCUGCUCUCCAACAGAGUGCACCUCCCGGAGCAUGAACACGGAGGUUGUUGGCCAGGUGGAAGUUGCUAUCAUGGCGGUGCCUCAUAUGACAAGCCAGCACACCAGCACAUUUUUGAAACAGGAGGACCAAUUCACCAACACUGAGAUGGCCAUACUUGUAGACUCUUGCACUAACACUAGCCCGAACACUUUGGACAAGCAGACCAGCACCCAUGCUGUGGAGAUGAGGACGGUGGCCGUAGGAGAAGGCCGUGUCAGGGACAUCAGCUCCCCCCACAAGACACGGUCCAUUGGUGUUGGAACAUUGCUUUCUGGCAGUUCUGGAUUGGAAAAGCCAUCAGCCGUGAAGACCAAAGAUUCAGGAGUGGGGCAGGUAAAUAUCAAUGACCACUAUCUGGUUGGCCUCAGAAUGAGGAGCAUAGCUUGUGGGCCUCCACAGUUGGCCGUGGGGCCAACAGGCAGCAGGAGGAGCGUUGGCGUUGGGGACGAGCCUGUCCAAGAGUUCCUGGAGAGCUCCCAGCCCCAGGCUCCAGCUGGAAUGAUGGCGGGCCUGGACCACUAUAUUGAGCGGGUCCAGAAGCUGUUGGCAGAACAGCAGACACUGCUGGCAGAGAACUACACUGAACUGGCGGAAGCUUUUGGGGCACCUCACUCACAGAUCGGCUCCCUCAACUCACAGCUCAUCAGCACCCUUUCAUCCAUCAAUUCUGUCAUGAAGUCAGCAAGCACUGAAGAGUUGAGGGGCCCUGGCUCCCAGAAGACCAGCCUGAGUAAAAACACAGGAAAUAACCUGGAACAUUUCUGUAAGUGUGGAGCCCUUCAGUCCGGAGCACCAUCAAGGACGUCCCUGCAUGAGCAAGAGGAAGGGAAGCCCAUCUGCCAGGAUGCCCUCCCCCCUCAGGAGAGUGCACUGUCUCCAGUGAACCUGACAGACGACCAGAUUGCUGCUGGCCUCUACGCGUAUACAAAUAACGAAAGCACACUGAAGUCCAUCAUGAAGAAGAAAGAUGGAAACAAAGAUUCAAAUGGCGCAAAAAAGAAUCUCCAGUUUGUUGGCAUUAACGGAGGGUAUGAGACAACUUCCAGUGACGAUUCCAGCUCAGAUGAGAGCUCUUCCUCCGAGUCAGAUGAUGAAGGAGAUGUCAUUGAGUACCCUCCUGAAGAAGAGGAGGAGGACGAGGAGGACGAAGACACACAGGCAGUGGCGGAAGGGCACCGGGCCGUUAAUGUGGAAGGUUGCAAGUCUGCCAGGGUGGAAGCUGAAAUGCAGGUUCCAGAAUGUGAACCUGGGAAGGUGGAAAUCAGAGAGAGGUAUGAAUUAAGUGAAAAGAUGUUGUCUGCAUGCAACUUACUGAAAAACAAUAUAAAUGACCCCAAAGCUUUGACCAGCAAAGAUAUGCGCUUCUGUCUGAACACCCUCCAGCAUGAGUGGUUCCGCAUAUCCAGUCAGAAGUCAGCUGUGCCAGCCAUGGUGGGGGACUACAUCGCCGCCUUCGAGGCCAUCUCCCCUGACGUCCUCCGUCACAUCAUCAACAUGGCCGAUGGCAACGGCAACACAGCCCUGCACUACAGCGUGUCACACUCCAACUUCGAGAUAGUGAAGCUGCUCUUGGACGCAGAUGUGUGUAACGUGGACCACCAGAACAAGGCGGGGUACACCCCCAUCAUGCUUGCAGCACUGGCUGCCGUGGAGGCUGAGAAGGACAUGAGAGUCGUGGAAGAACUCUUCGCCUGUGGGGACGUGAACGCCAAAGCCAGCCAGGCAGGACAGACUGCUCUCAUGCUGGCGGUCAGUCAUGGGCGCAUAGACAUGGUGAAGGGCCUGCUGGCCUGCGGAGCCGAUGUCAACAUCCAGGAUGACGAGGGCUCCACCGCCCUGAUGUGCGCCAGCGAGCACGGGCACGUGGAGAUCGUGAAGCUGCUGUUGGCCCAGCCUGGCUGCAAUGGCCACCUGGAGGACAAUGAUGGCAGCACAGCACUUUCCAUAGCCCUGGAAGCUGGACACAAGGACAUCGCAGUUCUCCUCUAUGCCCACGUGAACUUCGCAAAAGCCCAGUCUCCGGGCACCCCUCGGCUUGGAAGGAAGACGUCUCCUGGCCCCACCCACCGAGGCUCCUUUGACUGA